AUGCCUCAUGUUGAUAAAACAGAAGAGUUUUUUAAAAUUGUUGAGAAGUUUAGCAGUGAUAAUUUUAAUUUAAGAAAAAAUAGAAGCAUUUCUCAAGAUACUCAAGUGAGUGAACUUGCUUCGAAAGUAACUGAUUUAUUACAAGGAGGAAAUCAAAAAUUACAACAGUUGGAAAGAUGUGUAAAACAAAAAGGAAUUUUUAAUGAUAAAACAUCUGAAAUAGAAGAAUUAACAUACGAAGUAAAACAAACAAUUACAGAAGUAACGAAUAAUUUAGAUUCAUUAGUACAUUAUACUUGUAGUUUAAAUAUUAGUAAUCCACAAAGUAGAACUCAUAUAGACAAUAUUAUUUCUUCAUUAAAAAAUCAACUUUAUGAAUUUACUAAGAAAUUCAAAGACACUCUACAAAUAAGGAGUGAACAUAUAAAAAAACAAGUAAAUAGAAGGAAAAUGUAUUCCCAUACAUUAACUGAAGCAACAUUUAACAAUGAAAAUUAUAAAUUUACACCACUUCAUGAUAUUGACAUUGAAAGUGGCCAACAACAAACUCUGAAAGUACCAGAAAAAACAUAUCUACAUUCAAGAGCAGAUGCUAUGGAAAAUAUUCAAAAAGUAAUAGGGGAUUUAGCACAGAUGUUCCAAAAAGUUGCAACUAUGGUUACACAACAAGAUGAAAUGAUUAAACGUAUUGACGAAGAUAUAGAUAUUUCUUUAUCAAAUACUAGAGAAGGACAAAAUUAUCUUUUAUCAUAUUUUAAUAGAGUUACAUCCACAAGAACUCUAAUAUUACAGAUUUUUGUGUGUAUAUUUGUUUUGAUAGUAUUUUUUGUUUUAUUUUCUUAA